CAAAUGCAGGAGCCCCUUGUAAUCAGAUGACGAUUUGCCAGGGCCUACAGAAAGGGGCUAUUCCAGUUGUACUUUUAAGCACAGCCAGAAACGUAUUUAAAUGUGCAUGUGACUGUUUCAUCUCUGUGUUUGAGAAGAAGGAACGAGGUACACAGUACUUCCUCUCAUGAGCCGACAACUGACAAUCCUGCUUUCAACUUUGUGGUUGCUGCACUAAUCUCCCACCAAACAAAAAUAUAUGACUGGAACAAAAUUAUAUCAAACAUUUUUUACAGAAACUGAAGGAUUUAAAGGAGUCGGUGCACUUUUGGAGCACUUUUCACAGCAAAACUUCCCCUUUCACACAUGCAACUGUAAAUGCAUCGCCUCGCGCCACAUAUGUGUGUCUAAGCAUUGUAUAGCUUGCACUGGGACUGUAAAUAGACAUUGCUACCAUGGUGUUUGUGUCACAAUGGUUUACAUCAGUCAGUUUGCUGAUAAUGACAUUAAAGAUCACACAAACCAUGUGUCAAAUGGACAUAAGGACCCUGAAGACUCAACCCUGUGAUGUACAUGAAAAUUUUACCACGCAGACGAUUGCGGUUGACUGCCAUGGACGUGGACUCCGAGAGAUGCCAAUUUUCCCAAAAAAUACAACCAGCCUUAACCUAUCAGAGAACAAGAUCAAUAACUUAACCGUUGGCGCUUUUAAGGACCUAAACAAUCUGACCGAUCUAAAUCUGAACUGGAUGAACAAGAAUCGGAAGGUUAUUGUUGCCGUUGGGGUUUUUUCGAAUUUGACCAAGCUACGAACAUUAGCGCUCAACGGAAUUGCCCUGAGUUAUGUACCAAAAGAUCUUUCAAAGACUUUGCGUGAACUAAGGCUGGUAGAAAAUAAAAUCACCUCGCUAAAUGCAAUGAGCUUCUUGCAUGUGAAAAACCUGACAUGUCUUUACCUUUCGAAAAACUGCUACUACUGGAAUCCUUGCUUGAGUGAUUAUUAUAUUGAAAACGAAAGUUUUUCCGUCCUAACCGAUUUGAAACAUCUCACCUUGUCUUACAAUAACUUAACUCACGUCCCGCGAGGAUUACCUGCCUCCUUGCACACACUUGAACUUGCUUCAAACAGAAUAGAACACAUUGGAGAGCACGAUUUCCAUGGACUCGACAGUCUGGCAAGUCUAAAUAUCCAAGGAAACUGUCCAAGGUGCCAUAAUGCUCCAUAUCCGUGUGUUCCUUGUAAAAAUGUUUCCAUUGAAAUUCAUCCAGAAGCUUUUGCUAACCUUGGAGAACUCCGGAUACUACACCUUGCAGGAAAUUCAAUCAAGUACUUCAAUCCCGACUGGUUUCGAAACAUCUCAAAACUUGAAGAGCUCUUCCUUUCUUACAACUUCUUGUCACAUGCUUUUGCUGAACACGGAUUCUUGAGUAAUCUACCACUGUUGAAGAAACUCGAUCUCUCAUUUAAUUAUGGUCUCCAGAGUUAUCCCGAUACUGUGACGCUAUCACCCAGUUUCUCGAACUUAACCUCACUGAGGGUGUUGCACAUUCAGGGUUUGGUGUUUCGAGAAAUCCGAGCAGAUUCCUUCAGUUCUCUGUAUGGCUUACAAAAUCUGUCAGUGUUGGAUGUAGGCAUCAAUUUCAUCGUCCACGCAAAAUCGAACAUUUUCGAAAAACUGCAAAAUUUAAAACUACUCUAUCUCUCUGAAAACAGACUUUACCCGGUGACUGUAAACAAGAAUGUGAUUUCAUAUACGGGUGAGGAUUUAAAAUCUUCAUUCGCAAUGCCCCCGAUGUCAGAACCCCAUCAAAAGGACCAUUCUUAUGAGAUUCCAAACAAUCUCGUAAAACCAGAGUGCUAUGCUACAGGACGAGUGUUGGAUCUGAGUCGAAAUAAUCUGUUCUUCAUUUCACCAAAACAGUUUGAGGGUUACGGGAAAAUAUCUUGCCUCAACCUCUCUAGAAACGGCUUUGCCGCUGCCCCAAAUGGAACUGAAUUCACGUCACUUCCGGGACUCAAAUAUCUGGACUUGUCCUUCAACAAAAUUGAUCUAGCAUAUGACUACGCCUUCACAGAGUUACAAAGUCUGGAAGUUCUAGACUUGAGUUACAACCCUCAUUAUUUCACUGUGCCAGGGGUGACGCACAAUUUGAACUUCCUCAAACAUUUGCCCUCUUUAAAAGUUUUGAACAUGAGUUCCAAUAGCAUCGACACUUUAACCACCAAAGCGAUGUCCAGUCGGUCUCUUCAAGAGCUGCAAUUCCAGCACAACAGUCUUGGCAAGUUAUGGCGGGAGAAAGAUAAAACAUAUGACAUGCUUUUCCGAAGCUUGACCAAUUUGACCUAUCUUGACAUAUCCUACAACAAUAUUGGCAAAAUCCCGCUUCGCGUUUAUACGUACCUGCCCGAAACCAUCCAGAAACUUCGAUUAAGUCACAAUAUUCUCACAAAUGUGAACUGGACAUCGUUGAGACGUUUUAAAGAUCUCAGGGAGCUCAUUUUAAGCAACAAUAACAUCCUUUUCAUAUCUAGUAAUUUGUCCAAAGACGUCCCAUCGUUGCAGUUCCUCGAUCUUCAACAAAACAGAAUAUCUGAGCUCUCAGAUGGAUUUCUAAACAGAGCAGUGAAUCUCAGAGUGUUGGAUCUCAGUCAUAACAGACUGAUAACCAUCAACCAGUCCACAUUUCCAUCAGAGGACGAGAGAUACUUGAAGACGCUUUGGCUCAAUGGCAACCCCUUCCACUGCACGUGUCAUUUACUGGAAUUCGUGUUGUGGGUUUACAAGACCAAUGUGAAGAUACCAAAACUGGUGACCUCGGUAACAUGUGCCAUGCCUCAGGAGAGACAUGGUGAAGCAGUGAUACACUUUGAUAUUAAAGAAUGCAUUGACGCCCAAGUGGCCUUUCUGGCCUACUUCUUCUCGACUGUGAUUAUUUUGUGUACCACUUUUGUGGCUGUCGCUAUGCACCUGUUCUUCUGGGAUGUCUCCUACAUAUUCUACUACUUGAAAGCCAGAUUCACUGGAUAUCAAUACCUGAGCUCUAACAGUUGCGUCUACGACGCCUUCGUCACGUAUGACACCAAGGAUCCGCAGGUGUCUGAUUGGGUAAUCAACCACUUGCGAGUGCAACUGGAGGAUCAUGGUGAGGGCUUCCUACCCCUUUGCCUGGAGGAACGGGACUGGAUCCCUGGUGCUCCCAUCUUGGACAGUCUGACUCAAAGCAUCCAGCACAGCCGCAAGACCAUCUUUGUACUGACGGAGAGGUACGUCAACAGUGGUUCGUUUAAGCUGGCCAUCUUCCUGGCUCACCAACGGUUACUUGAAGAAAAUGAGGAUGUAAUUAUGCUGCUGCUUCUGGAGCCCGUGUUGCAGCACUCACAUUUCUUGCGUCUGCGCAGACGUCUGUGUAGCCGCAGCAUUCUCGAGUGGCCACACUCGCCAUCAGCUGAAUCUUGGUUCUGGCAAUCCUUGCGGAAUGCAAUUCGAGUGGACAACCAGGCGAUCUACAGCGAUCUUUAUAGCAGAUAUUUUACGACUAAUUAGAAAGUUGAGUAUAUUUUUCAGGGUUCUCCAUAUCUCAAUUUUACCAACAGGAAAGAAAAUCAUAAAUGAGAUCUCUUUAAUAUCUCUUAUCUUUUCUUCUCCAAAGACAAUGGACACUCUACUCUCUUACUCUUAUCGUUACAAACCAGUAUGACUUUAUGACUUAUGCAUUGCAUCUUUUGUCCAUACAGUACAAUGAAAGUAAAUGGUGACUGAGGUUAACAAUUUGCUAUGUGGUUUCGAACAAAAUGAGAGUGAAUAAAUGAUAAAAAUAUAUUUUUUAUUUCUUAAUUAAGCUUUCACUUUAUUGUAUUUUCCAUUUAUUUUUGUAU